AGUGUUUCGGGCAGGAGGGGAAGGGAGUAAAAUCCGAGGCAAUCCGCAGCCGUGUAGGGUUUGAGGAGCACGGGUGCGGUCGCCAGCGCCGAGCGCCCGUCACCAUGCCUCGGAAAAUUGAGGAAAUCAAGGACUUUCUGCUCACAGCCCGGCGGAAGGAUGCCAAAUCUGUGAAGAUCAAGAAGAACAAGGAUAAUGUGAAGUUCAAGGUUCGCUGCAGCAGGUACCUUUACACCCUGGUCAUCACAGACAAGGAGAAGGCAGAGAAGCUGAAGCAGUCCCUACCCCCUGGUUUGGCAGUGAAGGAGCUGAAAUGAACCAGUCCUCUGCAUUUAACUAUUAAAACUUCUGGAAAGUC